AUGAGUGAUACACAUAACAUUCAUCAUCAAGUGUUCCACAAUACAUUGUUGUGUAGAGCAAUACUCAAUCAUAUCAGUGACAUUCACAAGAGAUUGGGCUUGACGUCAACGAUCAAGGGUAGAUUGUUGCAUUCCAAUGGUGACCUGAUGAUGAUGCUCAAGUACAAUGCCACUGGGAUGUUCAUCCAAUCAUUCGACAGUGUUGCCAACAACUAUCCAAUCAACACAACAUUGUUGAAGUGUGCCGCAGAGUACAACAACACCAAGGCAUUCAAUCAUCUGAUCAAACAUCCAAACAUCAUCAUCGAUCAGGCCGAGUUCAAAUUGGAACAUGUCUGUCAGCAUGGCAACAUUGACAUCCUUCAAUCAUACAUCGAUUCAACCGCAUGCCACUCGACGCACUACAUUGACUUCCUGACAUGCCUCCCACUCGCCAUCAACAAUGGCAACGAGAAUUUUGUCCGUCUCCUGCUCCAACACUUCAAGUCACGAGGCAGUAUUCCACGUUCAGUUGGCACUCGUGGUGAGACAAACCAUGACGUCGGAGACACAACUGACAAAGAUAGAGAAUCCCCAGUCUAUCUUGCCAAGGACCGUCUCUACAAAUUCAGGUUGAAGCGACAGGGCGUCAGCGUUGACAUGCUACGAGUGCUUCACGAGGAGUUUGAAUGUCUGUUCCUACUUCACAACCUCUUUGACCGUGUUCUGGCCAACUCGGCCAAGCACAAGAUGUCAGCCAGUGUCCAAUACAUCAUGGACAAUCUUCCCGAUGACCAGACCACAUGGAUCGAUUUUGAUCACUUCUUUCGUCGCUGUGCCAAAGAUGGCAACAUUGAGUACCUUCGAAUGCUCAAUGAGACACAACAAGGUCAAAGGUAUCUCAAGGGUAUCUCAAAGUACGAUGGCAAACCAGCAAUGACAGCACUGUCCCGUGGCCAUGUAGAGUUCAUCGAGUAUUUCAAUGGCAUCAUGGGUUUUGGGAAACCCAAACACAGAGGUGAGAAGGAGGUUGUAAGAGCGAUGGCAGCCAUUUACACUGAUGACCUGGCGACCGCCGAAUCACUCAUUCACAACAUCAAAUCACUUCGCCCCAAGUGGUGCCACAGAUUGUCCACGUCGAUGGCCAUGCUGAUCACCAGACCACGAACUACUCCGCUGGUCUUUGAUAUCCCGACUCUCAAGAACAUGGUGAAUGCUGUGGGAAAACCCGGCAGCAACAUAACUGUGGACAUUGUGUGCAACUUCAUCGACAACUGCAACCUCAAUUCAAACGACAGAUGGCAACUCAAACGUGUAGUGGCGAUGGCUGCAACUUUCUCCUCGGCCGUGAUGGCACACCUAAGGGCAAGGUUCAAGCUGUCUGAGAAAGAGUGCAUGGGAGUUGUGCUCCAAAGCAGAUAUCGAGAUACAAGGGAGGUCAUGGGUGGUAUCUUUGGUAUAGCCGAAUCCGCCGAGGGAUUUGAAUACAUUGGCAAGGCAUCGAUUGAUGAGAUCAAGAUGAUGCUGGAGCACUCAAUCAAGUACAGGAACUAUCCUUUGAUAUGCAAAUGGGCAGCAAGCAAUCAAUCAUCAGAGGUGUUUGAGUAUGUCAUUGGUCUGUUCACGCCCAGCCAGUUGCAUGGCAGUAAGAUCCCAGGUCUUUUGGAGAAGAUAGUCAGGUGCGCCCUCAAGUAUGACAAUCCGGAAUACGUUCAGAUACUUCAACGACACCUUGGCCUCACAGAUGGAGGACAAUCGUUGUUGUCCAAACUUGGGCUCAGCAUUUGGAAAUUGGAGAAGAUGACGACCAACAAUGCUCAUCACUCAUUGGCAUUCGUCUUCAACUCGUCGACAUUCAACAAUCAAUCAAAGUCACAUCGAUUGAGAUUGAUCCAUCACGUCCUUCAUCAUGCCUACAAGAUUGGAGCAACUCGAUUGAUCAAACUGUGCAUCAAUCACAUUGAAUCACUCAAUCAACUGCAUUGUGAUGAUGAUCCACCAUUUACAGUUCCAUUGACUCCAUUGAUUGGUAACAGGAGCAUAUCAGACCAACAUGUCUUGGAGAGAUCAUUCCACAUGGUGAUUGGUGAUACCAAACUUGUCACACUGAUCAUGCGACACAUUGGACUCAUUCAUUCAUCAUCCAAAGCGAUCAAAGGUUCAACAUUGUUGAACAAUCACAAACUUUCUGAUUACAUCAAGUAUGGUGCCACUGAAUACUUGAUACAGGCAUACACCUCAAUCAAACAAUCAUUCCCUCACAACACAACAUUGUUGUAUGAGACAUUCGCCAAGUGCAACACCAUUGCAUUGGAUGCACUUCUGACCAAUUCAAACAUGAUCGCUUCCUUCCACGACGGUUGCCUUGCCGAGAUGUCGUCAUCAUUCUCACAUCCACAAUGGGAUCGUAUCGUGGAAGCGUACAUCCAGAUCACGGGCGAGUCUUUUACGCCAACUUAUUUCUGGGACUUCCUCUUGUCAACAACCAAACAUCCGUCAAUCGUUCGUAAGCUAAUGGACAUGGGUGUCGUAUUCACUCCAAUUGAAGAGACACAUGUCAUCUUUGAAGAUAUCGAUGAGAACUGGUUCAACAGACCAUGUGCCCUCGAGACACUCCAGCUCUAUCUCAAACACAAGAUCUUGGGUCUCUCGGUUAUACAGACAUUGAUUACCGAGUGCUGCGAGCAAGGACGCGUGGAAUCUUUCCACGUGUUGAUGUCAUUGGUGGAUGAUGAUACCGACCAUGUUGAUGACCAAGUUGAUGAAGACGAUGAUGAUCAUAUUGAAGAAUGGCUCACAUAUUUCUCGGAUCAGUUUACCAGGUGUGGACAUUUGGACAUUGUGAAACGAUUGUGCUCAUACCUUCAAAGUAAUGACGUUGACCUGACCGAACACAUAUUGAGGGCAAUACCAAAUGCACUGGAGCAUGGUCAUUUUGAUGUGUUCAACUUCCUCAUGGAUGUUCUGCCAUCAGUGAUCAUCGGUGGUGGCGACAAACCAUCAGACGACGAUGAUGAGAAUGCUGAUUCAGUUGCCAGUGUUGGAAGCGUUCAUCACAGUAUCAUAUCAAUCGACUUGAUCAAACGAUUGAAUUCAUGUCCGUACAUAAUGUUCAAAGCAAAUGAUGAUUGUCUUAUUCAGGCUCUCAAGACUGGCGACACGGAUCUGAUCGAACACUAUUUCAAGGAGCUCAUGGAGAGAAAAACAAACUAUAACCUUGGGAACUCAUUUAAAGUGGCAAUGGAGGUUGGUAAUGUUAACAUUGCCAGAAAGAUGAUUGCAAUGCUGCCAGAGAUGAUGGUAACCGGUGAUCACGUAAUCUCGUUACUUAAGUCGCUGGGUGGACGUGACGCGGCCAAAGAUGAUGAGGUGACUGAGUCCACCAUCAUCGAGUUUCUCAGAUUAUCGCAGAGACAUCAUGUUAAAGAUUUGAUGGAGGCAGCAUCCAACAGGUCCCUGUCUAUGAUCAAGCUGGUGGUCGAUCACUUCAAUUCAAUGCCCAAGAAUGAUGUUGACAGAAUGUAUGCCACAGACUUUAGACAAUCGAUUGAUGUGUGUGCCAAGCGAUGCGAUAUCCAAUCGAUUGACUAUCUGAUCGAUGUGGCCAUCAAUGUCGAUGGGAGGAAUCCACCAGAUGAAAGCUCGACUGGUGUCAGAUAUGGAUGGGAUCAACACCGGAUACAUGAUAUCAUCACAUUGGAUGUGAUCACCAACUCGUCAGUGUUGACGUAUUUCAUGGACAAAGGAUACAUCAAUGUUUGUGACGACAAUGACAAGUUCAACAGCAAUGCAUUGACCACCAUUGUCAACAACGCGUGUGUCAGUAACAACUUGGACAUUAUCCUGCACGAUCUAUCAACGAUGUUUGACACCAUCACAACUCCAGAGAUGUCUUCCAUCAAUGUCCAGUAUCAACAAAGCAGUGAGCAACAACCAUCACAGAUUGAUCUGUUAUAUGUUUGA